AUGAAUCAUUGGAGACAGUAUCAGCGUUUGCUCCGCUAUAUCCAAACCGUCGAUCGGAAGAAGAUUGGAAACUUCUUUCGUAAUGUUACACCAAGUGCCACCAAAGAAGACGUUAGUGUUCGCCCGAAGCGCUCCGACGUGGCUGUAUAUGCGAUGAGCAUUGCAACUCUCGGGCAUCUCUGCAGCUUUCUACACGUCACCUUAUUUGCUCUGCAUGUUAUCUUGUUUGCAUUGCGUGCUGGAUCCGUGGACCACCGAAUGAUGGUCCCCAUAACUGGAAACAACUCUAGGAUCUCUACAGCGUUGAGCCUUUACUCGACGAUUCUGGUGGCAAUAACCCAGCGUCUUGGUAUGCUAAAUGUGAUUCGCCGCCGGCAAAAACUCACGGUGCUCGCCGACGCCUCGAGCGCAUGGUUUGGCUUGGGCAGUGCAUUGAUGGGGCUGUGGGCUAACAUUCGCAGACCUGCCGGUAUUGUUUCUUCUGCAAUUAUCGCGGUCUACUCGGCAUCUAUCAUGUCACUUCACGUCGUUAGCGGGAGUAUUAUGUCGCUCACGCCUUUCAACCAAACCGAGGUCACAAAUGUGCCGACUUUGAUAGCUUGGCCUAGUUCUUCGACGUUCUCGGAGAUGCAAAACGUGGAUUGGCAGACAAUCACUUCUCUCGUCUCUAAUUUAGGGAAACUAAAUACGUUCAAUACCCAAGGUCUUGAUAAUGCAACCUUGUAUGACACUUUCCAGCAGCCAAACCCUGCCACUGGGACAGCACAGUUGAACGCAACCACAAUUGGCUUUGACUGUGGGCUCAUUCCAAAGGCUAAUAUGUCCUUGUCGUUUUGGAGUAACGACUCAUCUUGGGAGCUGGAUUACUCUACGGGUGAAAUGAAUUUUUCCCAAGUUGCUUUUCAGCUUCCCUGUGCAGGCCAGACACAAAAUUACUAUGAUUUAUCCGAUGUAAUGUCAUCAGUGUUCUCUCAUAAAGAUGAAAAUAGUCUAAUUGCGUACACGCUCACGGUUUCCCCAACCAUGCCGUCCUCGUCCAUCGCGGAUUAUGCCCUACCAAUCACGUGGUACACGGGUGGCGUUGGAGAGAGAAUUGUACAGACAAAUGCGCUUCAGAAAGACCCGUUAAGCGCAAAUGAUGGGCCAUACAGAGACUGGCAAGGACUUUUGGAAGGAAUGACUCUAUCGUCUCUGUUGGACAAUAGCGUCAUGUCAGCAUGGAUUCUACGUUCGAGUAUAUGUAUCUCAACGAUACCAUGACAG